AUUGCAAUUUUCAGUUUCAGUUUCAAAUCGUCGACAGAUCGGGAAAAUGCUUCAGUACCCGGCGUUCAUGGUUCAGUAUCCAUGGUCGACUCGGAUCAUUCCGACGUCGUAUUUGCUACCGGCGCAGUGGCCUCAGUCGCAAAACGACGAGCUCCUACUCGCCAUGGAGGAGUCCGAAUAUGUAGAAAAGCUCAACGAAAUCAGUAAAGCGAAUAAAAAUGCUAUAGUUUUUGGGGGAACCACGGUGGACAAUGAUAAGGAAGAUUUCGACAAUGAUGCAGAUGAUGACGAUGUUGACAAUGCAGAAGAAUCCGAUGGCGAUGAAUUCGAGCAAGAAACCGGUUAAUUUGCAUCCCAUAUGCUACUGAAUGUUGAAUCUCUUCUUUCUCUAAAAUUAUUCACUCAAAUCAAGAUUUCAUCCUUUCAUAUC